AUGUCUUGCAACUGUGGAUCCGGUUGCAGCUGCGGCUCAGACUGCAAGUGCGGGAAGAUGUACCCUGAUCUGACGGAGCAGGGCAGUGCCGCGGCCCAGGUCGCCGCCGUGGUCGUCCUCGGCGUGGCGCCUGAGAACAAGGCGGGGCAGUUCGAGGUGGCCGCCGGCCAGUCCGGCGAGGGCUGCAGCUGCGGCGACAACUGCAAGUGCAACCCCUGCAACUGUUAA